GCGCGGGCGGCGCGGCGCGCUCAUUCCGCUCGGGCGUUGCUGGCAGGGGGAGGCGCAGUCACUGGCCCAGAAUCCGGGCCCGGACUCUGGGCGGCGGGCGGCUCUCGGGGUUGGGAUGCGCCGGGGGCUCCGUGGCGGCGGCGUUGGCGGCGGCGUGGGCGGCUGCCGGGGGACGAGCUAGCGCCGCGUCGCGGGGAGCCAGUCGAGCCCGGACUGCAAGCGGAGGCGGCGGCGCAGGCGGGGGCGCAGGCGGAGCGGCGGCCGCAGUUGGAGCCGGAGCCGAAGCCCGAGCGCCGCGCGCCCACCAUGGCCGCCCAGGGCGAGCCCGGCUACCUGGCGGCGCACUCGGACCCGGGCUCCAACAGCGAACGCAGCACUGACUCGCCCAUGCCCGGCUCCGAGGACGACCUGGUCGCUGGGGCGCCCCUGCAUAGCCCCGAGUGGAGCGAGGAGCGCUUCCGAGUGGACAGGAAGAAACUUGAGGCCAUGUUACAAGCUGCUGCUGAAGGAAAAGGCAAAAGUGGGGAAGACUUUUUUCAGAAGAUCAUGGAGGAAACAAAUACACAGAUUGCUUGGCCAUCAAAACUGAAGAUCGGAGCCAAAUCCAAGAAAGAUCCCCAUAUUAAGGUUUCUGGAAAGAAAGAAGAUGUUAAGGAGGCCAAGGAAAUGAUCAUGUCUGUCUUAGACACAAAAAGUAAUCGAGUCACCUUGAAGAUGGAUGUUUCACAUACAGAACAUUCCCAUGUAAUCGGCAAAGGUGGCAACAAUAUUAAAAAAGUGAUGGAAGAAACAGGAUGCCACAUCCACUUUCCAGAUUCCAACAGAAAUAACCAAGCAGAAAAAAGCAACCAGGUAUCUAUAGCAGGACAACCAGCAGGAGUAGAAUCUGCCCGAGUUAGAAUUCGGGAGCUGCUUCCUUUGGUGCUGAUGUUUGAGCUGCCAAUCGCUGGGAUUCUUCAACCAGUUCCCGAUCCUAACUCCCCCUCGAUUCAGCACAUAUCACAAACGUACAACAUUUCGGUGUCAUUUAAGCAGCGUUCUCGAAUGUAUGGUGCUACUGUGAUAGUACGAGGGUCUCAGAAUAACACCAGUGCUGUGAAGGAAGGAACUGCCAUGCUGUUGGAACAUCUCGCUGGGAGCCUGGCAUCAGCUAUUCCCGUGAGCACACAACUAGACAUUGCAGCUCAACAUCAUCUCUUUAUGAUGGGUCGAAAUGGAAGCAACAUCAAACAUAUCAUGCAAAGAACAGGUGCUCAGAUCCACUUUCCUGACCCCAGUAAUCCACAGAAGAAAUCCACCGUCUACCUCCAGGGCACCAUUGAGUCUGUCUGUCUUGCAAGGCAAUAUCUCAUGGGUUGUCUUCCCCUUGUGCUGAUGUUUGAUAUGAAGGAAGAAAUUGAAGUUGAUCCACAGUUCAUUGCUCAGUUGAUGGAACAGCUCGAUGUCUUCAUCAGUAUUAAACCAAAGCCAAAACAACCAAGCAAGUCUGUGAUUGUGAAAAGUGUUGAGAGAAAUGCCUUAAAUAUGUAUGAAGCAAGGAAAUGUCUCCUCGGACUUGAAAGCAGUGGGGUUACCAUAGCAACCAGCCCGUCCCCAGCAUCGUGCCCUGCCGGCCUGGCAUGUCCCAGCCUGGACAUCUUAGCUUCGGCAGGCCUCGGACUCACUGGACUAGGUCUUUUGGGACCUACCACCUUAUCUCUAAACACAUCAACAACUCCAAACUCACUCUUGAAUGCUCUUAAUAGCUCAGUCAGUCCUUUGCAAAGUCCAAGUUCUGGCACCCCCAGCCCCACAUUAUGGGCACCCCCGCUUGCUAACACUUCAAGUGCCACAGGUUUUUCUGCCAUACCACACCUUAUGAUUCCAUCUACUGCCCAAGCCACAUUAACUAAUAUUUUGUUGUCUGGUGUACCCACCUAUGGGCACACAGCUCCAUCUCCCCCUCCUGGCUUGACUCCUGUCGAUGUCCAUAUCAACAGUAUCCAGACAGAAGGCAAAAAAAUCUCUGCUUCUUUAAAUGGACAUGCACAGUCUCCGAAUAUAAAAUAUGGUGCAAUAGCCACUUCAUCACUUGGAGAAAAAGUACUGAGUGGGAAUCACAGUGAUCCAUCUAGACAGACAACCGGACCUGAGCAGCCAUCUCCCAAAUCAAACCCUGUGGAAGGUUGUAACGAUGCUUUUGUUGAAGUAGGCAUGCCUCGAAGUCCUUCCCAUUCUGGGAAUGCUGGUGACUUGAAACAGAUGAUGGGUCCUUCCAAAGUUUCCUGUGCCAAGAGGCAGACAGUAGAACUGUUGCAGGGCACAAAAAACUCACACUUACACAGCACUGACAGGUUGCUCUCGGACUCUGAGCUGAGUGCUGCAGAAAGCCCUUUGGCUGACAAGAAGGCUCCCGGAAGUGAGCGUGCGGCGGAGAGGGCUGCAGCUGCCCAGCAAAACUCCGAAAGGGCUCGUCUGGCCCCGCGGCCAUCCUAUGUCAACAUGCAGGCAUUUGACUAUGAACAAAAGAAACUGUUAGCAACCAAAGCUAUGUUAAAGAAACCAGUGGUGACAGAAGUCAGAACACCCACAAAUACCUGGAGUGGCCUGGGGUUUUCUAAAUCCAUGCCAGCCGAAACCAUAAAGGAGCUGAGAAGGGCCAACCAUGUGUCCUAUAAGCCCACAAUGACAACGACUUUUGAGGGCUCAUCAAUGUCCCUCUCAAGGUCCAGCAGUCGUGAACACUUGGGAAGUGGAAGUGAAUCUGAUAACUGGAGGGACCGAAAUGGAAUAGGACCCCCAAGUCCUAGUGAAUUUGCAGCUUCUGUUGGCAGCCCCAAACGUAAACAAAACAAAUCAACGGAACACUAUCUCAGCAGUAGCAAUUACAUGGACUGCAUUUCUUCGCUGAUGGGAAGCAAUGGCUGUAACUUGAACAGCUCUUUCAAAGGCUCUGACCUCCCUGAGCUCUUUAGCAAACUGGGCCUGGGCAAAUACACAGACGUCUUCCAGCAACAAGAGAUCGAUCUUCAAACAUUCCUCACUCUCACAGAUCAGGAUCUGAAGGAGCUGGGAAUUACGACUUUUGGUGCCAGAAGGAAAAUGCUGCUUGCUAUCUCAGAACUGAAUAAAAAUCGAAGAAAGCUUUUUGAACCACCAAGUGCACGCACCUCUUUCCUGGAAGGCGGAGCGAGUGGGAGGCUACCCCGUCAGUAUCACUCAGACAUUGCUAGUGUCAGUGGCCGCUGGUAGCAAUACCCUCGAGGCAUGCGCCCGCCAAAUCUGUCAAAUUGGACACAGGAGAUCUGUGAACAGCCUUCACUGCACACCGUCCUCAGUACUCUGGGUGUCUGGUAUCAGGACCAACGCAUCUUACUCAAACCUGAACUUUGUGCCAAAAAGGAAGAAAAGAGAGAAGGUGAUCUUAUGUCAUCAUACAGAAAUGCCACACUUGGAUGACUUUUUUUAAACGGCAAUCCGACAGAACUUGCAAUUUGAGGGUAGGGCUUUAUUUCCUGUUUUUAUUUACCUAAGUAAUGUAUGCACUGAUUUUUUUACUUAAAAUGAAGGAUUAAUUGACAUCUGGGAUGCCAGAAAAUUUAGAGGUUCUUUUUGUUUGCUUGUUUUGUUUAGGGAUUUGGGGAUUUUUUUAAAAAUAAUCAAAAUGGAAUUUUCUGGUACUGCUUUAAAAUAAUUAUUGAGGUCUUUCAGCACUUUACACUUUCUAAUUUCUUGUCCUGUGGAAAUCAUGCCUCUUUCUCUCAACUUUCAUGUCACCUGAUGUAUUGGUACAAAUCAGAUUUAGGCAUACUUUUCUGACAAUCAAAUUUUUAUUUGAAAUGGUACUGGAUUAUUAGUUUUGUGCCAAAUAUUCUGACUUUGGGAAAUGUAAAUGACUCCCCUUGGUUCUGGACCAGUUCUGUUCAUUUAUAUCAACAUCCUAGAAAUAAUUAGCAAUUAACCUAUUUCACAUAACAGGUACAAAGAAAGACCAGAUGGACUUUGCAAUAUUAACCCUUUGCAGUCAUCAUAUUUAGCCGCUGCCUGUAUUGCUAAAAUGAUUUUAAUGGUUGUCUGAAGGCAAAGGGCUAUUCUUUAGUAUACUGCCACUAAAGGACACUUAUUUAUAUCAAACUUUUAUUUUUAGAUAUUAUAAGCAUACAGUACAUAACUGAUUAAAUUGAUAUCUACUAGAGAUUUAUGGUAGAGAAUGGACGGCAUUCAAUAACUGGAGCCCUAGAUUGUCACUUUAUUUAAAAAAAAGACAAAUAAUCAUCUGACAAGACAGCACUGUUGCCAUUAAGAGGAGAAAUAGAUUACUAUCCUUAUCAUGUACACUCUAGCUGUGCUCCAUAUGGUCACAGGACUUUCAAAAACCAUAUCUGUCUGCUUGAAGUAGACUUGUGUUUGUUGAGAACAGAAAGGCUUUAUUUAAGUUUUCAGGGUGACAGUUUAUAAAAACAGCUGAGUUCCAAAGGAAGACCC